AUGGAAGCAGAGGACACGUUCCAGGGACAGCUGGGAAACAAGAUCCUCAGCACUGGUUUCCGAGAAAGCCAUGCACAGGAAGAGCUGAAAAGAUUGCAGAACCCUUUAGAACAAGUCCACGAUGGGAAGUAUUUGCUUGAAAACUGCCGGCUGGCCACAGAUGUGCAGAAUAAUGUUGAAAAAUAUCUAAAUCUGCAGCCCUUGGAAUCAAGGGUCAAGAUCAUCCAGCGGGUGUGGCGCGAGCAUCUGCAGCGGCAGGAGCCCCUGGAGAAGAGGAGCCCGUCGCCACCUUCAGUGUCCUCCGGCAGGUUGAGCAGCUCCAGCAGCGUGAACACCUUCUCCGACAGCAGCACACCUGAGAUGCCAGAAAUCCACGGAGAAGAUGUGGAAG